AUGUCGUCCUCCAUUCCAUCUCUUCCCACGUCGUCCCUCACAUCUAUCAUAGAAUCGUUUGGUGCGACCAGCACGAAGUCACCUUGGGGUAAAGAGACUGUGACCAGCGUCAUAUCUGAGUGGGUUUCAUCGUACAUCGCACCCACCCCCGCGGCAACACCUCCACCUAUUCUUAUAAAAGUGGUGUGGGAUCACUUAUUUCCGUCGCUUGCACCCAGCGUCACUGCAUUCGCCAACGCAUCCGUUCCACUGGAAUUCCACAACAUUACCGAAACACGCAUCAAGGCCUCGAUCGUCGACACCGCGAUGAGCAAGUCACUCUUCAUGCGCUUCUGGUACCAACUGUGGUACGACAUCGCAACGCUCUUCCACAACCGCGGCGAGCUCUUCUGGGCUAGCUUCGUCCUAUCUGCUGUCAUCGUCCUCUACGUCGCCUACAUCGCUACCAAAAGCCGCCUCUUUUCCGCCUACUUUAAGCACCGAUAUGACGAUGCCCUUGCCCGCCACAUGUACCCCCGCCUCUGGGACACCAGCCACCACUGGGUGCUCUCUUCACUCAUCUCGCUCUGGCUCCGCGAUCGCAUUCCGGGCGACGGGCCGUGGAAACGCAACAACGCUGCUUCGCUCCGCGCCAAAGCCGACAAGUCGGCUUUACAGGGACUCGUGCGUAUGGGGAUCUACCCUUUGUUCAUCCAAGACGGCGGCUUCGGCACAGUCGAGGAGAAAAAGGGAGGCCUGGGCCCCUGGGGUGGAUGGAGCUGGGGAUUGUACAAGCAGAGUAAGAGGCGUGCGGUGUUUGAGUUUGUGGUGCCUAGGGCGAGGGGGUGGAUGUUGGACGAGGAAGAGGUUACGGAUCCGGCUGAGCAAGAGCGAAGGAGGGUGGACGAGAAGUACUUUGACUUCGUCUCCUUGCUGUGCAACGGCACGAGGCUGAGACGGGCGGGGAGGUGGAGAGUUGCUGUCUCGGGACAGACAUGGUCUCUGCCUCAGAAAGUGGGCGACCCCAAAAGAUUGGUGCAGAGGAACUUUACGUCGAAGUUUGGGCCAGAUCAUAGUGUGCCAAGCGAGGCUGGAGCAAUGUCUCGAUUCAAAGCGCUCCUGCCGUUCAAGGCCGAUCAAAUCCUGCGAGAAGAGGUGGAGAUCAAAGCUGGUUGGGAAAACGUCGAAAAUUGGGUGGAGCGCUGUAGACUGCUCACGAGCAUUCAUGUUCCUGUCGUACGGAUAGAAGCACCUGAUUCCGAGAAGAUUGAAUUGGACAAGGAGGUUCUUCUGAUUGCGAGAGAGGCGAACUUGGACAGAGAAUGGGACGAGGCAGUGGCUGUUUUUGAAUUGAGGAAAGCGUAUCGUGAGGUUGACCAGGAUCCUUUCGACUUCAAUCUGAAUGAUUGA